AUGGCCAUCGUAUUGAGCGGGAGGGCGAUCGGCAGUACGCGCAGCCGCGCCCUGUCCCUUGUGCCCCGCACCCCGCGCGCCCUGCCCGGCGCUCCAGCCGUCAGUAGCCCGCCGACAACAACAACAACAGCAUACGUGUAUCUGAUCGUUCCGGAGCCGUACGCUCGCACCAGUGCCGGUCGCGUGUUGUGCCUCACCACGGUCAGUCGGCUGGUGGGAGCGGCCGAGGUGUACGGCGAAGCUGUACGAGUGCCGCAAUCUGAUUAUGGCACACCUACUGAGCUACGGAAGUUAUGUUUCCCUUUAACACUAAUACCCGCUUUGACACAGAGAGGUGCCGGGGGCAUGAGGUCGGGGGAGGCGGGCGAGGGCUCGGAGCUGGCGGAGUUCGGCGCGCGCUGGCCGCCGCCCGGCGCGCACGGCUACGGCUGGCCGCGCCCCGCCACCCCGCAGCACCCGCCCGCGCACCACCUCGCACGGCACUCGCGCUCGCACCAGUGGUUGCAGGACAACCGGCAGGCGAGCUACGAGGCGGAGGACGCGCGGGUGCGGGGGCGCGGCGGCGUGUACUACUCGCCUCCGGGCACCUCCUAUACCAUCGUGGAGCGGCCGGCCUCCUCGCACGGCCACCACGCCCCCUACGCGCAUCACCACUACCCUGGCAAGCUAUCCCGCGCGCCCUACCUGGGCUCCUCCAACAUCGCGAAUAGUGCAGGUGCAACUAGCUUAAGGAACAGCACAAACCAUUUAAGCGCAACAAAUGGCAAGAAGCGGCCGAUAUCUCCGGAGCAGGUGCUGCGGCUGUUCGGCCAGGGCGGCGCGGCGGCGCUGGGCAAGGCGCUGCCGCCCUCGCACCCACCCGCACCGCUGCCAGCGCCUCUUCCGGCGCCCUUGCCUGCGCCGCUGCCCGCCCGGCGCCACUCGCCCGCCAGCAGCCCCAGUAGCACAACACACCAUGCGAUAUACCGUGGUGGGGAACGAGAGAGGCCGUACUCAUCAGGCGGCGCGGCGCCGGCGCUGGCCGAGCCUGCAACGCGCACCGUCACCAUGAGUCGUGAUCCCGCAGACUCGCACGGCUUCGGCAUUUGCGUCAAGGGCGGUAAGGAAGCAGGGGUGGGUGUGUACAUUUCCCGCGUGGAGGAAGGUUCGGUGGCGGAGCGCGCGGGCCUGCGCCCCGGGGACUCCAUCCUGCAGGUCAACGGCACACCCUUCUCAGGCAUCUCUCACGAGGAUGCCCUCAAGAUGCUGAAGUCGUGCCGUCAGCUGACGAUGACGGUGCGCACCGCGGGCGCGCUAGUGGGCCGCGCCUCCUGUUCCUGGAUGGACCGCUACGGCCGGCCCGCCUCGCCGCCGCCGCAGCGCCCUCUGCGUUCCGCCAGCAAGGAUCGCUCUAUACGCAGGGUGGACCUAUGCAUAGAACCAGGGCAGUCGUUGGGGCUGAUGAUCAGGGGUGGCCUGGAGUACAACCUGGGCAUCUACAUAACGGGCGUCGACAAGGACUCCGUCGCUGACAGAGCUGGCCUCAUGGUGGGGGAUCAGAUCCUAGAGGUGAACGGGCAGUCGUUCGUGGAGGUGACGCACGACGAGGCGGUGGCGCAGCUGAAGUACCACAAGCGCAUGUCUCUGCUGGUGCGCGACGUGGGCAAGGUGCCGCACGCCUGCACCGCCUACGGGGAACGUGAUGCUGCGCCCAGAAUAAGUGGGUGGGGCAAGCGUCGCGGCGCGGCGGCGGUGGCGGUGGAGCAGAAGGCGCGCUCGCUGCUGCCGGCCAGCGACCUGCCCGCGCUCGCCUACUACAUGGAGGAAUACGCGGCGCGCCGCCUCACGCCCGACGCCUUCCUCACCGUGCUGCGCGACCUGCUCGACACGCCGCAGAAGUACACUCUACUGACUGAGAUCCGGGAGUUCCUGGUGCCGGAGGAUAGGCCGCGGUUCGACGAGCUCGUAUACAGACGCGGCGACGAGGCAACUGAACAUCACAUAAAGCGCGGCGGCGAGCGUCACAUGCUGUCCUCCUCCACAAUGCACGAACUUCACGACCCGGAGGGGCCGGCGGAGGCACCGCUGGUCGUGGACCACCGCUCCCCCUCUGAGGACUCCGGUCUGGGUCUCCCACCACACGACCACGCAUACAGGAGCGGGCGGCCGUGGCGGGCCGACGCGCCGCCGCACGAGGACGACCUCGACGCACCACACGAGGAGUACGAAGAGGAGGGACGUCGGUCACGACGGCAUUCAUCACCGUGUAACUCCAGAGAGGGCAGCACUACCGCCCUGCACACACAACACUACGAUGAUACUGAUCAGGAGUUGGCCCAUAAGUUGUCGCGAAGCUUCGACAUGAAGGAAGAGGGCGGCGUGGGGGCGGGGGCGGAGGAGCGCGCCGGCAUGCGCCGGCACCAGUCGAUGCAGCGCCUGGCGCACGGUGAGACGCAACUCGAGGAGAGCCGCGCGGCGCGCGUGGUGCCCGACCACCACGGCAACCUGCACAUCACCGUUAAGAAGACUAAACCGAUACUCGGGAUAGCGAUAGAGGGCGGCGCCAAUACAAAACAUCCCCUGCCGAGAAUAAUCAAUAUACAUGAGCAUGGGGCGGCGUACGAGGCUGGGGGCCUGGAGGUGGGCCAGCUGAUCCUGGCGGUGGACGGUCACCGGGUGGAAGGCAUGCAACAUCAGGAUGUGGCCCGUCUUAUAGCGGAGUCCUUCGCCCAGAGAGAGAAACCGGAGAUCGAGUUUUUAGUCGUCGAAGCAAAGAAAUCCAACCUAGAACCAAAGCCGACAGCUCUAAUUUUUCUGGAGGCCUAACAUCUACUGUCCCUCCCCGCCAGCGACCCCCCGGCCGCGCUGGGCAGCGCGACGCCGGCGGUCGACCUCACCGCGCACACCACGGAAUAGCCAACUCCAACCUGCGCUGCCACAUGCUCUUCUAAGCCCGCGCUGCGUACUCGCGCGCGAAUCGCCGCCGCUCGGUGACUCUCCUUGGUGAACAACCGGGCGAGCCCGGCCGGCGGCGGCCUCGUGAGCGGCGAAAGCGAGAGGCACUCUACGCGGAAGACUCGAGUACGACGUAUACCGUUACCAACUUUUCUAACCUGACGUUGCAACGGACUGAUAUGAGAGAACAGGAUGGCGAUAUAAAGCAGGUGUAAAUAUGGCUACAAAAUUAAUGGCACGAGGGAGGCAAAUAAACUUAAUAUAACUCGACGAUUUGUCUUAAAACACUAAAAUGUAAUAUUGUUAAAUACACUGCCCAACUAAAUAGAAUACGUCAAUAAAUUAUCGUCCCUAUGAAGUAUUAUUACAUCGGGAAUCUUGUGGGUAGUGUCAAAAUUUUUGAACAUAUUUUUCUAGAUAGCGAUCAAAAUUGAUAGUAGUCGACGACUGAAUUUUGUAAAAUUUCAUGCGGUACAAUUAUUAUAAUUCGAUAAAAAUCACGUUAACCAACACAAUUAAAAAAAAAUCGGCGAUAGAUCAAUUUGUAGAUUCAAUUCCGCACUUUAAUAGAUCUAGAAAUUUAAAAAUCGAUAACAUAGAUCUAACUAAGUCUCAGUUUUGAAACGAAUCGUGCUAAUUUGUUAGAGUGGCAUUGGUGCUAUGGAAAUUAACUAGAAUGUCGGAAAAUUAAAGUUGUCAUUAUGAUAGUAGUCAGUAGGAAUCGAUUCGAGCUUGUAACGUCGCGCGGCAAGAUGUCCAUGUCACUCCACUCGCAGUCAUCCAUGUGCCAUGAGGGUUGCAACAAGGAAAGGUUCAUCCCAAUAUCAUCCCAGCUCGUUGUAUCGGGGGUAGAAGCGGCCGAGCGGGGCCCUAGCAUUGUCGUCAUUCGUAGAGCAGAGCUUGCAGCACAAGGCGCGCUCCUAAGCAGGCUAACUUUUUUUUAUUAUUUUUCUCUACAUUUUAAAUCUCAUUUAUGUUUUUUUAAUUUUAAAUUUUAUUU